UGCUGCUUCUGCUGCUGCUGCUCCUUUGCUGCCUUGGCUCUGGCUCUUCUCUGGGAGCCUUUGCGGAGACCGAGAGCGAUGGAGGAGCCCCCGGGGAAAGGCAGGCAGCCGCAGGCGACCAAGGGCAGGGAGCAGCUCCUCUUCCGCAGCCAGAGGAAGGACUCCGAGGGUUCAGUGGACUGUCCCAACCUGGAAUUCGAAUAUGGAGACACUGACAGCUAUGCUGCUGAACUCUCAGAACUGUACAGCUACACUGAAGAACCGGAGUUUGCCCUCAACCGGAAGUGCUUUGAGGAAGAUUUCCAAACACAAGUGAAAGACAAGCGAUGGUCCGAACUGGACUUGUCGCGUCAGAAGACCUACGUGAUGUGCCUACUGGACGGACUGGAGGUGGUCAGCAGGGAGAAGAGGCUGAGGGUUGCCCGGGCCAUUCUCUAUUUGGCUCAAGGGGUCUUUGGGGAAUGUGACACGGAAGCAGAAGUCCUGGACUGGACCCGGCACAACAAUUUUCUGUUGUACCAGAUGGGAACGUUUACGGCGUUUCUGGAGCUGCUGAACAUGGAAAUCGCCAACAGUCAGGCCUGCAGCAGCGCCUUGAGGAAGCCGGCCAUCUCUCUGGCCGAUAGCACCGAACUCAGGGUGAUCCUGAGCGUCAUGUACCUGAUGGUGGAAACCAUCCGCGUGGAAAUGGAGACGGACCCACCGAAGUGGAAAGCCUCCCGGGAGACCUUCAAGACUGAGCUUAGUUCUCCUGUACACAGCGAGGAGCCUUUUGCCCUCCUUCUUUUCACGAUGGUGACCAAGUUCUGCAGUGGCCAUGCUCCACAUUUCCCCAUGAAGAAAGUCCUGCUCUUGCUCUGGAAGGUGCUUGUGUUCACCUUGGGGGGCUUUGAGGCCUUGCAGACCCUGAAGGUGAAGAAGCGCCAAGAGCUGGGCCUCCCUCCACUGCCAGAAGACAGCAUCCAGGUGGUGCGCAGCAUGCGGGCUGCCUCUCCGCCAGCCUACUCCAUUGAGCUGGUGGAACAGCAGCAUCAGCCACAGCCAAAGCGGGGACAUCGGAGCAGGAGGCCUCUGAUGAAGCAGGACAGCUUGGAUCUGUACAACGAGAGGGACCCCUUCAAGAGCGAUGAAGCUGGGAUGGACGAGGAGGAUGCAGAGGACCUCGACAACAGCAUUGAAGGUGAACUGGACCUUCUGGAGCGGGAGCCGGUUGUUCCGGCUGUAGCGAUUCCACGCCCACCUGUCGAGAGGGUCUCCUUCCCAAAGGGGCUUCCUUGGGCUCCCAAAGUCAGACAGAAAGACAUUGAACAUUUUCUGGAGGCGAGCCGGAACAAAUUCAUCGGCUUCACGCUUGGGCAGGACACGGAUACCUUAGUGGGUUUGCCGCGGCCUAUCCAUGAAAGCGUGAAGACGUUGAAACAGCACAAAUACGUCUCGAUUUCUGAAGUGCAGAUCAAGAAUGAAGAGGAGAUGGAGAAAUGUCCCAUGUCGAUGGGCGAAGAAGAUGUGCAGGAGACAGCAUGUGAAAUACUCUAUCGGGUGAUGCUCUACAACUUGCCACAGUACAUGAUAGCCUUGCUGAAGAUCCUACUAGCCGCAGCUCCGACUUCCAAAGCUAAGACAGAUUCGAUUAACAUCCUGGCAGACGUGUUGCCCGAAGAGAUGCCCAUCACAGUCCUUCAGAGCAUGAAGCUGGGGGUUGAUGUGAACAGGCACAAAGAGAUCAUCGUCAAAGCCAUCUCCGCGUUGCUGCUCCUGCUCCUGAAACACUUCAAGUUGAACCACAUUUAUCAGUUUGAAUAUGUCUCCCAGCAUUUGGUCUUUGCCAAUUGCAUCCCACUGAUUCUGAAGUUCUUCAACCAGAAUAUCAUGUCUUACAUCACUGCCAAAAAUAGCAUAUCUGUCCUGGAUUAUCCUUUCUGUACUGUCCAUGACCUGCCAGAACUCAACGCUGAAAGCUUGGAAACUGGGGAAAACAACCAGUUCUGUUGGAGGAACCUUUUCUCCUGUAUCAACCUGCUGAGGAUCCUCAACAAACUGACCAAGUGGAAACAUUCCAGGACAAUGAUGUUGGUGGUCUUCAAGUCUGCUCCGAUUCUGAAACGGGCUCUGAAAGUGAAGCAAGCCAUGCUGCAGCUCUAUGUCCUGAAGCUGCUCAAGAUCCAGACCAAGUACCUUGGGCGCCAGUGGAGGAAGAGCAACAUGAAAACCAUGUCCGCCAUCUACCAGAAAGUGCGCCACCGCAUGAAUGACGAUUGGGCUUAUGGGAACGAUAUAGACGCCCGGCCUUGGGACUUCCAAGCCGAAGAAUGCACUUUGCGAGCCAACAUUGAGGCUUUUAACAGCCGAAGGUAUGAUAAACCCCAGGACUCUGAAUUUGCUCCAGUGGACAACUGUUUGCAGAGUGUCCUGGGGCAACAGCUGGAACUUCCUGAAGAUUUCCAUUACUCCUACGAACUGUGGCUGGAGAGAGAAGUCUUCUCUCAGCCGAUCCGCUGGGAAGAACUGUUGCACUAUCAGUGAUAGCAGGCUAGGAAGCUUGUGCUGAACCAAAUGCCAUCUUAGGUCUUUCCAGAAAAUUGGUGCUGAAUCUUGGGGGGUGGGGGAGGGAGAUCCUUCCAUGUUUGCAAGCCCUUAGGUCUGGCAGGAAACCUUUUACAAUAAGUUGAAAUGUUAGGCAACCUAAAUGCAAUGCCCCCAUCCUUCCUAUCCCUUGGUACACCUCACUUCUGUCUACUGCAAAUCAGUAGCUCUCAGUAGUAGCAGAGAAUCUUAUGCUGAGUUAUUUUAUGCUGUCCUGUCUUGAACAGUAUAUUUUUAAAAUCCUUACAUUUCCUUCCAUGAUUGCUUUCGGUGUCAGGGUCAUUGCAUAUGCCAUGUUUCCCAAGACGUGGUUCACAACUCAGUAUUUGGAUGCUGAGCAAAUGAGCACUUUUGCAAACCUAUAGCACACCAUGUCUAGCUUGCUUCUCAUGAAAUCAAGCUCCAUGGUUCCUAGAAAUUGGUUUAAAUGUGCCAGAGAGGACCUUGUAGGUUAUCUAGGCAUGAAAAUUGUACUAUGGGAGUGGUUCUUCAAAGAGAGAAGAAAUACUUGCAAAUUUAGUUUGGGGAUCUGUGUGUGUGUGUGUGUGUGUGUAAAAGAGAGAAAGAGAGAGUAUGCAUGCAGUGUGAACAAUUUUAUGCAAUUUUCCAUUCAAUGAUUCCUUGUUUUCCACUUUUACAUGUUGGAAAAAUUACUUGUUCAAAUCUUAAUGAGAUUUUUGUAAAUCACAAAAUCUGCCUCCAAGUGGUGAUACAUGGGAUUGUCCCUGGACUGUUGCUUGGUGUUUUGUGCAUACCACAAGCACAGGCUAUAUAGCGGCCAGUGGAGAAAUAUUUGUGACCGAAAGUGCAUCUACGCAGUGGAUAAUAAUGCAGCUUGACCCCACUUUAAACUGCCAUCGCUCCAUCCUACAGAAUCCUAGGGUUUCUAGUAUUGUGAAGCACCAACACUCUUUGCCAGAGAAGGCUAAAGACCUUGUAAGACCUCAACUCCCAGGAUUCCAUAGUAUGGAGUAUAAAGUAGUGUCAGAUUGCAUUAUUUCUACAGUGUAGAUGCACCCAGAGAUAGGGCCAAACUCAAUUCUUGUCCAGUGGCCCAAGGUAGCUAAAGCCAGUUGCUAGCCUAAACUGGUUAACUGGAAAUCUAUAGAGUGUGUGUGUGUGAGAGAGAGAGACAUUUUUACUGGCACAAUGUGAAACACUGCAAGGCCUUCUGUAUAAAAUGCAAAUGACAGGAUUUUAAUUCUUCCUCUUCCACCCCACCAGUAUGAAAAUUUGUUGUUUUUAAAAACUGGAUUUUCUUUCCCUGCCCCUUCCAUGCUACCUCUUAAAAGCACAAAAGGACUUCCGCAUAUUAUGCCAACGUCUGAAAAAACAUACAUUUUUAUAUAAAAGGUUAGUUCAUAUAUCUAGCUCCCUGCCAGCUGUGUGGACGUUACAGGCCAAAAACUGUUCCAUGGUUCACUGGUGUAACUGGGAGCCAGAUAUGCAUGCUGUCAGCUCCAAUAAAACAACUGCACACAGAAAUUAUCUUGUUAUCUUUAAGUUGCUAAUGUGAGACCGGGGCCUUUUUGCUGA